AUGGAAGAGAGGCUACAAAAACAGAUGGGUGAAAGAUUUGAGAAAUUUCAGUCUGAGCUUAGAGGUUCUGUUAAGGAUGUAACCGUGAAUGCAACAAUUUAUGCUGAAGAAGUAGAGCCCUUGGCGACUAAGCCUUCUCCUAGCAACCAAUCUUCUACCAAGCCAUCACUUAGCAACCAAUCUCCUACCAAGCCUUCUCCUAUCAAGCCAUCUCCUAUCAAGCCAGCUCCUAGCAAACCCUCAACUAGCAAGAUAACGUCUACCAAGCCAUCGCCUAGCAAUACAACGUCUAUGAAGCCAUCUCCGAGGAGGUCCAAUCGCUUGGAUGAGAAUUUGAGUGAAGCAGAAGAUAUGGACGUAGGGAUAGAUACCCAAGGCCUAGAAGACCUUUCUCAGGCCUCAAACGUGCCAGGUUUUGAUCCAUCGCAGACCACUAAGGACAACAAACCAUGUGAUUGCUGGACUCCGAUGAGUACAGUCCGAAAAAUAAAGGUUGAACCAAUGCAAGAAAAUAAAGAUCCACCGCCGACCAAGUGGAAUAAAUGGAAAAGGAAACUUGAGCUUAGUGACUCACCCAUGCCAUCUGAUGGUUAUCCACAGUCCACAUUGUAUUGGUUUAACGAAGAAUCAUGGGAUAGAUUCAAUGAAUGGUCAAUGAAUCCAACAAAUUUAAGGAUUGGUCCUACAAUCUUUAAUACCAUAGCUACAAGAGUAAUAGGUCCUGAAAAAUGGCUUGGAAAUGAGGAAAUGGAUGCGUUCAUGUAUAUAUGGCGAGUGAAGAAUUCUUUGAGGCAUUUGACACCAGACCGUGUUGCUUUGCCCGCCUUAUUUUGCCUUCAAAUUGAAAAAGCAUACCUUAGCUUUACAGCUUACGAAAGAGGUGAACUUCCAUCUCAUGGGCGGACUAAUAAAGUAUGGGGUGUCGAUGUUGAUCAUCUCUACUUUCCUCUGUUUGUCGGAGUUGAAGUAUUUGAAUGCUUGCCGAGAAGGAAUAAGCAAUACGUGGAGAAGUUUGUUGUUAUGAUUCCUAGGAUAGUAAAAGCUGUUACACCACCUGAAAACAAGAAGUAUCUACUCCUGGAAAAGUAUUCUAUCGUAGAGAAGACAGUUGAAGUAUUUGAAUGCUUGCCGAGAAGGAAUAAGCAAUACGUGGAGAAGUUUGUUGUUAUGAUUCCUAGGAUAGUAAAAGCUGUUACACCACCUGAAAACAAGAAGUAUCUACUCCUGGAAAAGUAUUCUAUCGUAGAGGUACCUCUGAAGGCUAGAUUGAACAAGAGUUUAUGUGAUUGCGGGGCAUAUGCACUCAAACAUUUAGAAUGCCAACUCCUUGGUCUUGACCUCAGAGAGAAACUCAGGAAGCGAAAACUUGGAGAUCGAGUCAAUUAUGUCUUUGAUCAAUUCUCCGGCCGAAUCAAGAUAUCGAGUACCCAAACAACGGGAAUUCCCACUAGAUGCAGAUGCGGUGAAGGGGCUGUUCUUUUCACUUCGAAAACAUGGGAAAAUCCAGGUCGAUUAUUUCACUAUUUUCCGAUGGGAUCUGAGAAGGACAAAACACACUUGUUCAAAUGGACUGAUAAGUCAGUUGUUGAAGAAAUUGAAGACUUGCAGGAAGUGGUUGACGUGGUGCUCAUUGACAAUAUCCAGUUUAGAAUUCAAUGA